CAACCGAAAAAUCCUGAUUACGUUGAUGAUUAUGGUGAUUACAUCGACGAUGAUAAUAAUUUGAAUGGUGAUUUUGUUCAUCAACCAGGCCAUCAUUCUGUGAUCAAUCAUCCUGAUGAUCAUUUUGUUGAUGAUGACGAAGAACCACAGGGAGGACGAUGGUUAAAUUGGAGCAAUGAAGCCAUACCAAAACAAAUUCUAAAAAUUGCUGAUUUUUGGCUGCGUUAUGUUGAUGGAAUUUAUCUGAAAAAUUUAGAUAAAAUUCACAUCAACGAUGAUGAUUCUGGUGGUGAUAAUCCCAGUGGUGAUAACACCGUGUUAAUAAAACGUGAAAAAAUUUUAUUAGAAUUUUUACAACGUUUACGACGGAUAUCCGAUGGAUAUCAACAACAACAACAACAGCAAAAAUCAACGAAAAAAAUAUUGAUCUGUUCAA